CCAAGCUUCACCUUGCACACCCUUUCCAGGGAUCCUGAUAUGCCUGACAAUACUUUUGCAAUUAAAAGAACCAAUUAUGGUCAGCUUUGAGCAAGAAGCUUCAAAACAUCUCUAGGUAAGAGUUAAGAAUUAACGUUAAAAAAAAGAAGAGGAAAUCUGAGCAGCUGCUUCAUCAUGAUCGCUGGUGAGCCCCAAAGAGUGAGAAUGGAGAGCUAUAAAAAACUACAUCUUAAAAAACUAUAUGUAGUUUACAGUUCCCUAUAAACUAUAGGAUUUAAAAAUUCUAUCUGACCUCACGUUGGAAAUACAGGAGAUGACAGAGAGAACAGUCUAGAAAUGACCGUGAGGAGCGUCAGAGGGCAGGAGCAGGUGUGGGCAGCCCAGCAAGUGACUGCACACGGGGGAACCUGCAGCACCAAGGGCUGAGCUCACAGCCCUGAGAACCACAGAGCCUGUUCCUCCUUUGCUCAGAACUCAUCCCGUAACCUGGGGGGGUGGUCCAUGCCAAAAAACGAGGAGGGUUUCCCGUGGAUGUCGCGCUCUCUUUUCACAAAGGCGGUGAAGGAAGAGACGCAGUUCCCGAUGAAGUGAUCGGACUGGCCAAGGAUGUACAGAUCAACCUGAGGCACUUCUGGCUGCAAGCUGACAACCUUGAGCUGCAGAGAAACAAGGGAAGCAGGUAGCUUUGAAACUGGCCCAGAUGGCCGAGCUCGUUCGGAGGAAAAGGAGCAACGACCUGGCGAGAGUGGCAGAGACUCCCCGGAGACCUGUGGAGCAGGAGAUGAAGAAGUUUGGCUGUUAAAGCAGUUUGGUCACAGAGGGCUCCAACAGAAAACUGCACCAGGACAACACCCCAGCGAGCCGCCCGCAGGCUCGAGUUCUGCUUGACAUGGCCCUGCUCUACUAGACCUGCCAUGACAGCAUUUUUUCCCAGUGUUCCCAACUGGAUUCAAGAUGCAAAGCAGGAGGAGGAAGAGACAGCCUGGAAAUUAGUCCCCAGACCAAGAGGUGAAGAGACCGAAAGUCAGGGAAAAUGCCAGUGUGAACUAUCGGAGCCCUCCUUCCCUCACGUGGACAAGCUGAGAACUCACACGCUUUCCCAUUCGGAGCAGAGACCCUACAACUGCCCCCAGCUGCACUGUGGCAAGGCCUUUGCUUCCAAGUACAAGCUCUAUAGGCAUAUGGCCACGCACUCUGCUCAGAAGCCUCACCAGUGCAUGUACUGUGAGAAGAUGUUUCACCGGAAGGACCACCUUCGGAACCACCUCCAGACCCACGAUCCCAACAAGGAGGCCCUGCACUGCCCCGAGUGCGGCAAGAACUACAACACCAAGCUGGGCUUCAGGCGACACCUGGCCAUGCACGCGGCUGCCAGCGGUGAUCUCAGCUGCAAGGUGUGCCUGCAGACCUUUGAGAGCACCCAGGUCCUGCUGGAGCACCUCAAAGCUCACUCCAGGCGGGCGUCCGGCGGGGCGAAGGAAAAGAAGCAUCCGUGUGACCACUGCGAUCGGCGCUUCUACACCCGGAAGGACGUGCGGAGACACUUGGUGGUGCACACGGGCAGGAAGGACUUCUUGUGCCAGUACUGUGCUCAGAGGUUUGGGAGGAAAGAUCACCUGACCAGGCACAUGAAGAAAAGCCACUCCCAGGAACUGCUGAAGAUUAAGACGGAGCCAGUUGACAUGUUGGGUCUGCUCAGCUGCAGCUCCUCUGUCGCAGUGAAGGAAGAGCUGAGCCCCGUCCUGUGUAUGGCAUCCAGAGACAUGAUGGGUGGUAAGAGCUUCCCUGGCAUGCUGCCUGUGGGCAUGUACAGCACGCAUCUUCAAACCAUGCCAAGCUCAGGCAUGCCCCAUUCUUUGGUUCCUAAUUCUCUUCCAAUGGGAAUGAGCUAUCCUCUGGAGUCUUCUUCUCCCAUCUCCUCCCCACCGCAACCUCCUCCAAAGUAUCAGCUUGGAUCUACCUCAUAUUUGCCUGAGAAACUACCCAAAGUAGAGGUGGACAGCUUUUUGUCAGACUUCCCUGGCAGCCUGUCUCUCUCAUCUGGUGAGCCUCAGUCCUCUUCGCCUCAGCCACCUGCCCUGGACGAGGCUUUGCUUUCCAAGAGCCCUGCUAACCUCUCAGAGGCUCUCUGUGCUGCUAACAUGGACUUUUCUCAUCUUCUUGGCUUCCUCCCCCUAAAUCUUCCUCCUUGCAAUCCACCUGUAUCGUCGGGGGGAUUGGUCAUGGGCUACUCGCAGGGGGAGGCGCAGCCACUGCUCACCACUUUGCAACAUCAACCUCAAGAGUCUCCCGGAGCCGGGGCCUCGCUGAACUUUGGGCCCCUUCAUUCACUGCCCCCCGUCUUCACCUCCAGCUUGAGCACAACCACGCUGCCACGGUUCCACCAGGCAUUCCAAUGAGCUGGAAAUAGCACUGGAGAACAGAUCUUUCAGCCACCCUUUUGCGGAGAUGGAGAGCCUUAAAAACGCACAACUCUUCCUUCCCUGGGGGUGUGAAAGCUCUGCAGAGCUGGGUCAGACGGGAGGUUUCUGAUCUCGGAGGGAGCACUUGUAGACUGGAACAGCUGACAUCCCGUGUGAGUCCCAGUCCUGUACAGAGGAAAGAUUUCAGCUAAUAGACUGGAUAUAUUUUAUCUAAUUUUUAAUCUGUGAAUCAGGAGCCGCGCUUAGCACUGACCUUCCCUGAGAAUCCUGGAGCUAUGUUCCUCUCUGGGAAGGGACUGUCCCUGAGGAGGAGUUGAGGCUCUUUCAUCUUGGGCUAAACUUUUGAAGAGUCCAGCUUCCAUUUCAUGUUAUCACACUGCAAUUCUGGCAAACCAGCCAACACCUCCACAUGGAGAAGAAGUCAGGAUACCCUCUCUGUAUGAAGCCAAUGGGGAAGAGGCUGUCCUUCCCCACUACCUCUCAUCCCAUCACCCAACACAGCUUACUCCACAUCAGUGUUAAGCAACAAGCCCGUUUACAUAGUGAAUUCAGCUUGGUCACCUCAUUCUUCUUCAGGAGCCAUUAGGUUAAACUCGUUACAGUGAACAUUGUUUACACAAUACAAAUCUGUUUCUGCCAGCCAUUACAAAAAUAGGAGGCACCAGAAUACACUGGGUUCAUCUCUGGUGUAGCUAGAACACUGUUUACACAACGAAGUCAGGUUGCACUGAUUUCUCUUCACUUACCAUGUUCUUCCCCCAUGGGGAAAUACACUGCUUUCGGACCACUUCAGCCUCUGCCCCUGUAGGCAGCAACUUCCCACCUUUUCAUGCUGGCUGUUCCACGUGAAGGGGAUGGAGCAGCUCUCACAGCUUAGCUUGGUGUGUGGUGUAUGGACAGAGCCCUCUUAAAUAUCUCCCCCAGGAAAAGAGAUCUGGAAACCAAAGCAUGUGAGAGAGCUGGGUGAGGAGCUCAGGACAUCGAGCACUGGCAUACCAGGCAUGGGUGAGAACUGGCUGCAGGCCCUGCUCCCUGGGUUCCCUUGGGAUGAGGAACAGAGUAUGAGCUUCUGGGGUUUGGGGUUAUUUACCAUAACCAUUCAGCGAGGUCAGCACCCUUUUUGGCUUAUCCAGGAAGCAGUCUCGAGGUAUAUUUUGACCUCAAUGGUGGUAACAUCCAGAAAUCGAGGAAAAAUUGGUCCCACCUUCAGGUACACUCUGUCAGUGUAUCUGAAGCAUUUUCCCCAACACCAGUAGUUCUAACAGAUGCUAAGGGUUUUGGCCUGCAGUCACCCUUUCACUUUGGAUUUGGUUCCACUGGCCUUUUUCGUUCUCUCCUUCUCAAGCCUUCCCUCCUGAAGUUAAAAGUCCUCUAUCCCUUGCUCCCUGCCCCACCUCUUAAACUCUUCCACGGGCUGACUACCUACCAGGGCAGAAGGGUUACACUGGGAAGUGGCAGCCAGCUACUGAUGUCCUUUAGCAUCUGCAUUGUCUCCUGCUCCCCUUUUCCUGGGCACUUGUACUGCAGAUGGGGACACACGGAGGUCACUCACUGUGCAUUGAUGCAUGCUGAUGUCUAUGGACAGGGAGAUCUUCAUACCUCAGCACGGGGGAACCACUGUAGGUCAACAUAAACCAGGAAAUCUGUCAAUAUUGUUCUCCAUAAAUCUAGAAGAUGCAAAAUCUACCUCUACUCUGUUAGCUCCUUGGGCAAAGCCAGAUGCUGUCCUCCCUCACCUCCCCAGAGAACAUCCCCUUCAGUCGAUGCAGAUUCCUUCCUGCUGAGCCAUGAUCCCACCGUGUGACAUCAGCCAGGCCUCAUUCGGUCACAGGCUUGUCCCUCUUCUGUUUUACUCCAGAAUUUUAUUUUUAAUUUAGCUUAGUAAUUCUUCCCAGAAUGACUCUUUAGCGAUCCAUUGAUUCUCCAGAACAUAGAUCGGUUGUUUUAGGUUAGCCAGCAAUGCUGCAAAUAAGACUUUUGUAUCAAAAUGUAAUAUAAGAUUUAUUUACCUCAGCAAUAUCCUGUGGCAAUGAUCUCCCCGAGUUGAAUGCAGUACUUUUUUCCUUUUCUCCACUGGAAAAUGUUGCCUUUCCAAGUCCAAUGAGUGCCUUCUUGUUCUCUAACCUAGCAAAGGUAAACAGGGCAUUGCAGCCAGUCUGUUUACCGGCAUUGAAUACCUCAGGCCUGUCUUCUAUUGCUUUGCUCUUUGCAAAUUAAAAGAGUUUCACACUGUUACCAAUUAUAUGCAAGCCUUAUCCCUGUCUUGAGUUGAGAGGAUUAUUAUUUUUUUGAGAAAUAAAUGGUCAGAACUGAUCACUCACUGCCAGUGAGGAUUAUCAGAUUUAUGCAAUGCCAUCACACACCUUCUCCCAUGCAGAACAUUCAGCUUUCUUGCUUUCUGCCUGCAUUGUACUCUGAACAGAUGUCAUCACUGGAAUUCCUUUAGCAGUGGUAGCUAAACUUAGAGCCAGGCAUCUUUUUCCUACCAGUAGUCUGUCAAAGAAUAAAUGGAAUUCAUUUUGCUAUGAUUUGCACGUGUGAUUUGCUUUCCACAGCUACUCUAACAAGCAGAACUGCCAUAACCUUUGUCAAUGCAAGGAGAGUCUAACCCAGCAAAGGCAGAUGUCAGAUACAGCACUGGAGCUGAUUUCCAGGAAAACAAAUUCCAAGUUCCUGUUCCACAACAGAGUUUAAUCUGCAAGUAUUUUAUCAGCCAGCCUAAAACCAAUGAGACUAAUUCCAUUUGAAAUACUGACUGUGCAAUUCACAGAACAGAUUAUAUUAUAAUUAACUUUUACCUGUUCAUAAGAGAAAACUUUGAGCAUCUAAGCUACAGCACUUGAGAAUCCCAGUCCAUUAGGAAGUAUGUACCAAGCUAUUAGGAAAACCAGUGGAAGUCAGCUUAGCCAAGCUCCUGCCAGUGCAACUGGAGGUAAGGGACAAGGGUUAACUUUGGCAUGCUGUGAGGGGGAUUGCUGCAGCACAGCCUGCAAUCUGUUCUGUGGUGUAUGUGCAGGGCUUUGUGCAUGAGGCAAUGGCAGACACUGUGCUGGUUAUGUGAUAUAAAAAAAAGCUUCAUCCCACGAAGAGUUUGGUUUUGGUUUUUGUUUGGUUUGGACCACGAGUUUGGGGACAGGACGUGGCUGUGAGUCAGCCCAGCAGAGCCCUGUGAACCACUGCACUGUGAUCUCUAUGUUCCUGGCACACCUGUAUCACAGGUAGCAUCAGACUGAGCCCAAGAGGAGUGACUACAGCAAGUAAAUGGUCAGGAGGGUUUAGUUAAAUAAAUAUUUUAAAGUGUGGCUGACUUGGGGGAUGUCCAAGAGCAAUAUGAAAUAUCAAGACUGCACUAUAUUUAUAUUUAUAAUAUAUAAACCAAUUUUGCUCCAGUCAGCAAAAGAACAGCAUAUGAACUUGCCAGCCUUUAUAAAUCAGAUCCCAGAUUCUCAAAAAGCCAAGGACUUAAUGUCCCACUACUAAUAAUGAUUCCAGCUCGCUCGCUAGCAAAUAGCCAAGCCAAGCCAUUCCCUGGCAGCAGAGGGUUAACUCACCUCACCUGUCCUCCCAGGCUCAGAUUGCCAGAGCCCUGUGAAAGGCUGAAGAUCUUUUCCCCCACGGGAUUACAGCUCACUCAAAAUCCAUUUGUAGGAAGGAACAGCAUGUUAUCUUGCAUUUUCUUCCACUGAAUUUCACUUGACAGAAUACCCACACACCGUGUUGUGACAGAGCCCGUUCUGUGUCUCACAACAGCACUGCUCUUUACCCUCAGUGUUGAAAAAUGGUGUCACUUCAACUGGAAUCCCUUUUCUCCCUCCAGUAGAUUGAUGAUUUCAGUACUUUUGUUGUGAGCUCAGCUCUUUGUUCUUUAAUUCCUUCCUUGCUGACAGGUGAAUAGCAGCUGCUGGGAAGAUUUCCUGCAGUUCACUGAAAAAAAUCCCCAUUUCUUUUCUCUGCCACUGCACCACCUAUGCUGUCGGGACAGAACAACCCCGAGGAGGCAUUUUCUGCUGCCUGCAAUUAAAAUUUCCACAAAGAAAUCUUCAAAGAUGCUUUUCCCAUCACCCGACCUUCUUGCUUAUCCUCUCUAAUCCCGGUUAGUCAGGCUGACUGAAUUCUCCCUCAGGUGCCUAUUUUUAGUUAAUUGCCUGCCCAAGCCCUGGAGAUAUUCUGCCACCAGAGUGAGGUGGAUGAAUGGCUCAAAUAAAACCACUUCAGGUUUCCAACCUCAUCCAAAAUUUGCUUCUUUUCCAUAACUUAUUUCUCGUAUUUUUCCCAGUUCUCGGAGAUGGGAAUUGCCUUGUGAAGCUCUGAAUCCCAUUCCACCAGACCCCGGUGUGGUAGGAGAAGGCAGUUUGGUUUAGCCUGAUCUACUGGACUAGGACUGGCAAAACCUGGGCUCUGUUUUCACCCUGAUCCCCAGCCCUGGCACCUCUCACCCUUUCUGUGCCUGCUUCCCUGUAACAGGCCACAGCCAUACCAAGCCUCCCCUGGGAAGCAGCUGGAAGCUGCCCAGGGGGGCACUGUUACCACUGACUCAGCUUCCUUACAGGACCACUAUUCCUGCUCCCCACCAUCACCACAUCCCUGGUGUGAGCAGACCCCCCUCAGGUUCUGCUGUCCCUGCUGCACAAUCCAUGCACACAUAGGGCUCACCUCUGGCUAUUCCCUGCACCCAGGGGCAGACUCACUUCGUUCUGCUGAAUAACUGGAAUCCUUUAGGAAUCCUUCCACGUGUUUCAGCCAUUCUUGUGGCUCCAGGUAAGGAGUCUCAUUCCACAGUGCACUCUGCAAUCUGCCAGCUCCACAUGUUCCCACAGACCACUCGCCACUAAACGCUUCAGACUGGCACAGGAAAAAAAAUGGAACUGGUGAUCAGAAAUGAGACCAGAAAACAGAUCACAUUCUGCUUCUCACAAAUCCACAUCAGGAGAUGAGCUCAGCUUUUCUGUCCAAAGUACAUACUAUUUCAUUGUGCACAGGGAGGCUCCAGGAGGAGCCUGAAACACCUUCACUGUGUGCUCAUGGCUGAAGCUUGGUCUGUGCCAUCUUUUCCACCAGUGCCUAAAUAUGAGCAUGCACAAAGUACAUACAUGACACAGAAGGAGCUUCUCUGUAUCAGGAGAUCACAGUGACAAGGAAAGUUAAAGGCAUUGGCAAAUGAUCAAAAAAUAGAGAAUUUGGAAUCUGGGUAUUUUUAUACUAUUAAAUAGGUCAGUUUUUCAUUUCCAGUUAGGGGAAGAACCCUCAACAAUAAAGUGUCUCAUUAAAAACCAGCUGUCCCUCAGUUUCACCCUCUGAUCACAAACUGUGUCUUUGUUUUAAACUACUAUGCAAGUGGAUAACCAGCUCUACCACAGAAUGUACUGAGUGGGCAGGGGACAGCUCCAAAGCCUGUGGGACAGGGACAGACACACCUCUGUCAUCCAGGUGAACAGACCACAGACCUGCCUGCAGCCCUUUUCCCUCUGUAGUCAGUGUCUUGCACUUGAAGGUAACACAAGCUUUGCUCAUGGUCCUCAGCAGCAGCCACUUCAAGGUCAGCAGAAGGGUGCAGGAGCCUGCAAACUCCAGCACAUCCCAUAACUUCUGCUAGAAGCCUCUCUGGAGUUUGUGAGAUCUCCUCACCCUGCUGAGUGCCUCAGCCUUGAUGCUUCGUGGGAUUUUCCCACUCAUACCUAGGAACAAUUUUUAGAAAGGUUGUUUUGUAACAUGUGUACCAGUGUUUUUCUUAAAUGAGGAUACUGAUGAAGAACACAAGAGCUGUCUGCUGAGGUGCUCCAAGAGGCACAGAAAGGAACCUGUGGAACCACGAGGACUCACCCUUGGAGCAACUGAGCUCUGAAACUGUUGCUGGAGGAAAAGCUACUGAGCGACCUUUGCAACCACAAGUCAUUUUGAGAACCCUCUCCCAGGCACAAGCUCUGCCAUCUGCCCCAGGAGCCAGUGGACAUGCCCUUGGAAGGUGAAGGGUUUGGGGAUUAGCCCUGGGAGUGGGUGGAAGAGCCGUGGUCUCCCUCCCCGAGGCUGCUGUUCACGCUGUCCCUUCUUGUGCUGGAUCUGGACAGGCCCUGUGCCUGACCUCCCUCCCUGCAGCUACAGCUGCCAAAGCCAGAAACUUCCCAUUGUUAAAGCUCAAUUGGUUUUCUAAAAACAAACUUUCUAGCACUUUUACACACAGUGAAUAACCUCUUUUAAUGGAGUAUUUUGGGGGCUGUAAACAAGGUUUUUAAAUUGUAAUUAAGUGCCAUUAGGAAAUGUACGGUUCAUCACUAAAAUUAGCUCUUGCAAAAGAAGCUCAAAUUGAAAGCAUUUUUUUUAUAAUGAAGUUGUUUAUUAAAAGCAUUUGGAUGAUCUGCCCCGGGCAUCUUCUUGGGGAGGAACUGGGGUUUGGUUGGUUUAAGUAAAGACAGAAUCAUAAAGCAGGUCAAAGACCCAGUUCCCUGCAUGAAGCCACACGGGUUUGUCUUUCAAGCAAAGAAUUACACCCCUGCAAAAAAAGACCCAGCACCCCCCUGGGGAUGCAGCCACAGCCAACACCAUAAUCCCCUGUCAGGAGAAUAAUGUUUGUUAGACAGAAAGUUCUGGUCACUUGGUUUCACUAGAAUUUCCAGCCCAUGUGGCAGCAUUUCAGACGAGUCCAGCCCACACCCCCUCCCAAAUAACCCCGACAUGCUCCACUCCCCAGGGGCAGCAGAACCAGGACCAAACCUUAAGCUAUGAGCAGCUGCAGGCACCGGCAAGCAUUUGGAGAUGAAAAAGGGUGAAGCACACCCUCCCCUCUUGGGAUUCUCCUUCAGAACACAGAUUAAGAGCUGACAGCCACGAUCAGUGUUCAGGUGCUUUUCUCUAGGUACGAUCUGGUUUUCAUUCCUAAAGCAGCUGCUGGUGAAACGUGCCCUUUCCUCAGCAGCUUUCCCCCGGAGCUGAGGGCUGUGACAGGACAUGAAUACACUCAAUCUGCCAAAAAAUAAGAAAGAAGUUCAGCACAGAUUGUCCUGUUGGUGGAGCUGAAGCUUCCUUUGCCUUUUUUAAAAGGAAAAGAGACUAUUCUGAUGAUUUCCAAGUUUUGAUUCAAGCAUUUGCCUGCUCUGGUCUCAGUCACAGACGUUCAGCAGCCCCUGACAUUGGCACCUCUGUAACCUGGGGGAAGCACAUUCAUUGCUCUGCUGGGCAGAACGUCUCAGGAAAGGGGAUUUCACUCUCCCUCCCUCAGGCAGCAUUCCAAUGGAUGCUGGCUGCUCUCCUGCCAUGCAUUCCCCCAGCAAAACACACAAGCUCUGGGAAGCCAUGGAUGACAAUGUUGAAGGCUCUGCUUCCACAGCACCAGCACAAGUCCAACCUCCCAUUUGGAAGGAAAUGGCAGCCCCAUUCUGAGCUGU